CCCGGCAACGGAAACCGGCGGCGCCCUCGCCUCAGUUCCGGGGCGGGGCCGGAAGCGGCAGUUUGUUGUGGUGGGGGCCGCCAUGGUGUGCGAGAAGUGUGAGAAGAAACUCGGUACGGUAAUCACUCCCGAUACGUGGAAAGAUGGUGCAAGAAACACUACAGAAAGUGGUGGCCGCAAGUUAAAUGAAAACAAGGCAUUGACCUCAAAGAAGGCACGGUUUGAUCCUUAUGGAAAGAACAAAUUUGCAAUAUGUCGGAUUUGUAAGAGUUCUGUCCAUCAGCCAGGGUCUCACUAUUGUCAAGGAUGUGCCUAUAAAAAAGGUAUCUGCUCAAUGUGUGGCAAGAAGGUCUUGGAUACGAAGAACUACAAGCAAACUUCUGUCUAAUUGUAUUCACUAGUCUUUUUAUGAACUUUAACUUCUGUGUCUUUGUAUAGUAACUUUUCUCUAAAAUAAUUUGUGAAUAUUAGUUUCUGGAAGAUAAUACAUUUACUUGGAAUGAGAUGAGAGGUAAAGACAGCCUGAUUGUUUACCUAGAAAUGUACAUGAUGUUUGAUUUUUGUUGUUUUAGCACUAAUGUUAACUGAUAUUUAAAGGUAAUCAACUGAUGCAGUUCAAAGUGAAUGAGAAGAUCCUAAUGGAUAAGUUGAAACUAUGUUACUAUCAUAACACAGAUCUUUGAGAUUAACACUUUUAUUCUUUUACUGUAUCUUGAGUCUUCUGCUUGUCUGAUAGUAAUAUUUUAUGGAUGUACAAAAUAUGAGCUUGUAUCACCUCAUUAAAGUAGUAUCUUCAUUUAGUUCUGUGCUUACAGGUAUUUAUAGUUACUCUCACCCCAAACUAUUACAUCCUCCCCUCUAAAUGUUGCUCUUCAGAUUUUAAUGCAAUUGUCCUGUUGAGUUUUGUUUCUGCCUACAGUUGAGUUGGUUAAAUCACAAAUUGUUAAACUACUGAGAUCCAGUGUGUUACUCUGCCGGUUCUUACUUUGGCAGUAAGACUUGUCAGCCUCUAAGGAAGCUUUACAUACGGCAUCGGGUUGCCCAAGGCAAUAAAAUAAUGAGCAUCAAUUUCUAA